UAUCUAGAACGCAUGCCUGGGGAUUUUUCAUUUUGGUGGCUCUUUGGCGUUUCCCGUCCGAUUCGAUUUUGGUUCUCCGUCAAUCUGGUUGAGCUUUCCAUUCGAUUGAGUAAACGACUAUAGGAGUGUAAUGGUCAAUCGCUAGGUCCAUCUAUUUUCAUCCAGUGCCAGUCCGAGAGUCCGAGUCCGAUUCCGAGUUCCAUAGGCCCCCCUUGCAGUGGCUUUGGCAUUGAGUGCGAUUCAGUGUUUGAGACCGGUUCAAGUUGUACGAGGCGAUUUCUUUGAAUUAACGGACUGCGUUGCAGUUGAAAUCGGAUUUAAACAAAAAAAAUAAAUGCACUUAUUUUUUAAUUGAAUUAAAAAUUUAGAAAAAAAAAUACAAAUAACAUAAACGAAAAAAAAAUUGUGAAAUCUGUUAAUUAAACAGUGUACCGUUGUUUAUAUUGAGAUUGAAAAAUAAUUAAAGUUUUCAAAUUUGAAGUGAAAAUUAAUUAAAUUUUCUUUUUCGGAAAGUGUGAAAAGUUAGCGGGGUGUGUCGUUUCGUUCGUUCAACGACGACGACGAACGUUUGUUUUUCGGAAUUUUCUUUUCCUAUAAAGAAAACGGAAAAACGAAUUGCAAUCGGGAAAAUUUCUAGUUUUUUUUUCACGUGAAAGGUAAACGCAACGUAGAGGUCGAGGUGAUUGGAAUGUGCGUUGGUUUGUUUAUUUACUGUGAAGUGCAAACACCCCAUUAAGAUCAAUCUAAAGAGAUUAAUAUCUUUUUUUCCUGUGUGCUCUACUGAGGAUUAAUUAGCUGCUGGAAUUUGUAUCUAAUUUUUGAUUCGAUUCUGUGUUGAAGAACUUUCCAAUUUGAAAAGAAAAAUUAAGAUAAACUACCAUCAGAAUGAAAACAUAAGACUGGCUUCAAAAACUACAAACAAAAAACACCUAAUCUCAAGACAACCGAACUCAAUAACUUAUAAUAGUUUUAAUGAAAAAUGCCAUCACUCGUAACUGUACUUACAAGUCCGUCCAAUUACACAACAUCAUUUAGGAAUCGAACACAAUUCCCAUCGAUUAACAGUGAUGGAGGAGGAGGUGAUAAUGAUGGUGAUGACGGAUUAAUUAAACAAACUGCCGAAUCAAUAUUACCAAACUUCCUGCCAGAUUCAUUUGAUUUACCCGCCACGCUUAGUCCACCUGGUGUAGGUAAUUUAUUAGCAUCAGGUUCAAAUGCUGUCUAUUAUGAAGAGACGUCGAUGCCUGGAUCUGCGUCAUCUUCAUCGUCUUUAUCGUCAUUUGAAUUCUUCGAAGAUGCUGCUGAAUUUUUUAAUUCACCUCUGCCAUUUGAUGCUAGUGAAAACGGCCUGUUUAAUGGAAGGUUCGUUCCGCCACCACCAAGGCCGCCAUUUUUAAUGGAUGAACCUGUAUUAACUGACGGACUGACUACGUGUGAUUUGUGCUCAUGGGCAAUGCCAACAAAGAGCACGUUUAUAUUUGAAGGAACGAUAGAGAAAGCAUCCGAGUUGGGGUGGCCACUUACGCUUAUCAUAGUCUCAAUAUUAUCAGCAAUACUAGGUGCAAUAAUUAUGAUCACAGUCGUUAGAUGCAAGAGAAAAAAAUCAUCGAACAAUCGAAAUGAAACGCAUGUUCAAUGGUGGUCAAGGAACAAACGGCCAAAUAACAACAAUCAUCUACGACGGAGCAACAUUUACACGGCCCAUCCUGCAGAUAGUAUUAGAGGAUUGAACGGACAGCAGCAGCCUCCACUGCCAACGCCGAUACAGCAACAGCAGCAGCAGCUUCAUCAACAAGCCACACUACAGCCCCAGGAGUCGCAACUGUAUCAACAGCAGCAGAAUCGUCAUAAUCAUAAUCACUACCCCCAUCCACCGCAUCAGCAGCAACAGCAUCACCACCAUCACCAUCAGCACCAGGAGCAGCCCCAACUUCAGCAACAGCACCCGAAUCACCUGCAACUGCAACACCACAGCAGUAGCAGCAACAGCAACAGCCUCACCAACAUGACCCCCACGAACGCCGCAGAUACGUGCAAUUGGCCAAACGUUUCAACCCUCGUUGUGCCCAGCUGAAACCGUGUUUCCGCCUUACAACGAAAACCUCGAAUACUCUAGGGGCUCAACCGACAUGCAGCCAUCCAAACUAACAGCAAAGUAUCUUUCCUCCAUGUCAUGUAUUCAUCCAUCCAUUUCCAUCUACAUCUAUGUACAUCACCAUUACCGCAUCAUACCAUCCUCAUCCAGCUCCAACGUCAGCUUCAGCAGCGACUGAACAGUGAACAGUUAUUUCAACUUUUUGCACUUGGCUUGUCCUUGCCACCCCGGAAGCUACUGCGGUCCGACUGACCUAAAUAAAGAAACGGGAUGUGGUUGUUGGCAAAUGAGCAGAAGGCAAAGGCAUCCAUCCGCUUCGAGCUCCAAGGUUCGAGGACUUGUGUGCAUCAUGUUUCGAAAAUGCAAAGAAAAAAUAAAUAUGACACCUCAAUUAGAGUGGCCAUUGAGGAUGAAUGCCUGUGGUGUCAGAGUUUAUCAUGAGCUGGGGUUGGAAGUCUCGUCAUCGUCGUUCUUCUCGUCCUCAUCAUCAUCCUCACCCUACAGUCGUAGUCUUCAUCAUCAUUGCCGGUCAAAGCUCAUCAUGUUUUUCUGGCAACAAUGAUCCAGUACUUAGGGGGGCUGCAGUUCGUUAUCAUCCCUAUUGUAAGUUCAGUUUCAAAGAAGUCUUACUAUGUAUCGUUUCUAUACUGUGCGUUCGAAUUUCUCAUCUUUUUGAAUAAUCAAGAUUCUUUUUUU